UAGACCUGCUCUCCCAGCAAAAGCUGAGACUGAUUGUGUCUAGGCCCAUCUUUUGAAUUAAUUUUCAGUAAUUAGAGUGCAAUGUGUGGGAGGGGGCUAAAAUGAAAUACAAUUAAAAUGUAAUGUUCCUUGUAUGGUAUCCCCAUUCUUAUUCAUUUUAAGCCAUCUCCAAUGCUCUGAUGGGUUUAAGGCUUCCUGUAUCACACACUGUGCAAGCAGAAAUGUUUGAGUGAACUCUUGCCAAUGGCUCUGAGCAAGCAUGGGGCAUGUUUCAGAUUACACUGUGUGUGUUGUUCCGAUUUGAUCUCCUUGCUAGGAGAGGCUGAGAAAGGCCGCUCUAGGGGAUUUACUUCCAGCAGCAGCAGCACAUGAUCCUUCAAUCGCGUGAUUCUCACCGCCGAGGUCUAAUGGGGAGGGUGAAGAAAAAGCUCACGCUGCCUUUUGGAAGCAACAGCGGCGGCUUCUGCUCAUAGGCCCCUCCGCCAGCUGGAUGCUUCAUGGCUUCUCCCAGGUUAGAAACCUACUGCUGCCCCAACAGGGAUGCAGUCACGCAGCUUGUGAUGAACUUCCAGCCCCAGGUCUUCUGUGGGGUCUGCAUUGGCAGCGCCUCAGCCAGCCUGCUGCUGACCAUCCUGCAGCUCCUGCCGAAGAAGGGGCAGAGCCUGCGGAAGAUGCCCAAAGCCUCCUCCUCCUCCACCAUUCUUCUCCUUAUCUCCGUGUGUGACAUCCUCGGUGGCUCAGGUGUGAUCUUCAGAUCGAGCGUCUGGUUGGGCUUCCCGAGCUUUGUUGCCAACAUCUCAGUGGCCAAUGGGACUGACGUGUGGCCCUCUGUCUUCUGCGUUGGCAGCGCGAUGUGGAUCCAGCUGUUCUAUAGUGCUGGCUUCUGGUGGUUAUUUUGCUAUGCUGUCGAUUCUUACUUGGUGGUUAGAAGAUCAGCGGGACUGAGUACAAUUGUGCUGUACCAUAUGAUGGCCUGGGGGCUGGCAGUUUUGCUCUGCGUGGAGGGCGUUGCGCUGCUUUACUACCCGUCCAUUUCCAGCUGUGAAAGAGGCCUGGAGCACGCAAUCCCACAUUACAUCACAACCUAUGCCCCACUCCUGCUGGUGCUGGUGGUCAACCCAGUCCUGUUCAGAAGAACAGUGACUGCAGUUGCCUCUUUACUGAAAGGGAGACAAGGGAUUUACACAGAGAAUGAGAGACGGCUGGGGACAGAGAUCCAGAUGCGCUUUUUCAAAAUUAUGCUGGUAUUCAUUGUUUGUUGGUCAUCUAAUAUCAUCAAUGAGAGCCUUUUGUUCUAUCUCGAAAUGCAGCCAGAUAUCAAUGAAACACCUUUGAAAAACAUUAGAAGUGCUGCACUGAUCACAUGGAUUAUAAUGGGGAUUCUUAAUCCAAUGCAAGGCUUCCUUUUCACAUUAGCUUUCUAUGGCUGGACAGGAUGGAGAGUGGACCUGAAAUGGCAGAAGAGAGAAAUACCCUGGGAAUCAAUGUCCUCAUCAACAGUGGGUGACAAUGACUAUCCCUCACCAGUGAACUACCCAAGCAAUGUCCAUGAUUCAAAGAAGAUAUCGUCCACUGAUAGCCAGCAGACUGAUGAGGCUAUAAGCAUGUUGUCUGAAGGUAACACUAGCGGUGAUGACAGGUUGACCAGGAGCUCUCCCAUCUACCAGGGCUGGUAACUUGUAGGUGGAGAGCUGAAUCUCACUUCUCCCAUUGUCAAGACUCACAAAACCAUGGCACUGUGUGAAUCAUUGCUCAUUCUGAAAUUUGGUUUGUGCCUGAUGGCUCAGUUUAAUUUCCUGUAGCUUUUGUUCAUGUGUGAGACUGUGUAAGAUGCAGAGAAAUGAUGGUUAAUGUCUUCACUUGCUUUAUAAGAGAUGUGUAGCAAGGUACAAAGGCCUGAUUGCUUUUAGCAGGAGUGUGUCUCUGCAGGGAUCUACAUUACUUAUGAUUCAUCUGUUUUCUUUCAAUCUCUCCUGUAACCUCCGUAUGGUA